UACUAUUUGCAAAGUCAGACAAUUUAAUACUUUAAAUGUGCCUUUUCACACAAGUGUUAACUAAAUUAUGUAUGCUGGUGGCAAAUCAAAAGUGUACUUCAUAAUUAGUGCCAUUUCAAUUAAAUGGCCAAUCUCUGAGGUGGAUGGUGCGUUCAAAUGCAAGGCUAACUCCUUUGUUCUUCUAGUAAUUACAGGGUUUAUGUGAUAGCAACGGUGACAUUCUGAGCUUAGACGUUGAGGUGAAAUGGAUUUUUAAGUUGGUGACUGUACACGGUGGUGUCGAUGUGAUGGUGAGUGGUGUGAGAGGGAGGGAGAGGUGCACUGGGAGAAUACAGAGGGAGAGAGACAGAUGUGGAGGAUGAGAGCGACUCUGGAGGAGGACUGAGCAGUGAUCAUUGUUUCUUGGCUGAUUGCACCUGAGCGCUGCUACGGUGUCAGAGUGAGAGCUGCCUUCUGCAAAUUAUGGAUUCUCAUUUGUGCCCCUGAAGAUUAACCGAAUUGUUGGACUUGAACAAGAUGGAGAACAAUACGACCAUCUUUCAGGAUGUCACCCAGGUUGUAAAUCUGACACAAAUACCUCUGAACCCACUUGAAGAACAAGUCAUAACAAUAUUUUUGACAAUGCUCAUUUGUGGAGUGGGGAUUGCUGGGAACAUCAUGGUGGUGCUGGUUGUGCUGCGCACCAAACACAUGGUGACCCCGACUAACUGCUACCUCGUCAGCUUGGCUGUGGCAGACCUCAUUGUGCUGCUGGCUGCAGGCCUCCCCAACAUCUCUGAUGUUGUAGCCUACUGGAUAUACGGCUACACGGGAUGCUUGUGCAUUACUUAUCUCCAGUACCUCGGCAUCAACGUGUCAUCCUGCUCCAUCACAGCGUUCACCAUCGAACGAUACAUUGCUAUUUGCCACUCCAUAAAGGCACAGUUCAUAUGCACUGUCUCCAGGGCCAAGAGGAUCAUAGCUGGAGUUUGGAUCUUCACCUCACUCUACUGUACCAUGUGGUUCUUUUUAGUGGACACAAAUGAAACUGUCUACACCAAUGGGGUGGUGGUCACCUGUGGCUACCGUGUGUCCAGGAGCCUCUACAUGCCCAUCUACUUCCUGGAUUUCACUCUGUUUUACGUGAUCCCUCUCAUUGUGGCCACUGUGCUAUAUGGGCUCAUUGCAAGGAUUUUGUUCAUGAGUCCGUUGCCGUCACACCUGAACGACCGAGCCGGAGGAGGGUCAGUUCACCAGGGUCCCUCCAGCAGCACUGGCAAGACCAACAAAGGAGCAGUCUCUGCAAGAAAACAGAUAACAAAGAUGCUGGCUGUGGUGGUGGUCCUCUUCGCCUUGCUCUGGAUGCCAUACCGAACGCUGGUGGUGGUCAACUCCAUCAUUGACCCGCCUUACCACAACACCUGGUUCCUGCUCUUCUGCCGGAUGUGCAUCUACACCAACAGUGCCAUCAACCCCAUCGUCUAUAACCUCAUGUCUCAGAAGUUUCGCGUUGCGUUCAAAAAGCUCUGCAAGUGCAGCUGGCGACACAAGGAGGCCGAGUACAAUGUGCCGAUGUAUUACAGCGUGAUGAAGAACUCGACGAGCAACGAGCCAGUCACGGAGCAGGAGGAGGUGAGCGGCCACACCGCCAACAGGUUCACCUCGUCUCCAACAGAUGAUGAUGCAAGCACACUCAGCAUUUCUUAAUGAAAACUUUGGUUUGUUGGGGUCAUUAGAAAAAAAAAAGUUUGCAUGAUGAUUUAUUUAUGAAAAUCCUCAAUUUUAAUGUCUAGGUUUUGUUUUAAAAAGUACUGACUAGAUUAGGUUUUCUUCUUGAUAACUGUGAAGCAAGUUUUAUAUGUGGUGUUGUACUUGUGGUACUUUUGCAUCAGUAUUGUAACUACACUAUAAAUACAGUACAGUCUGACAGCCCAAGCUUUAGUGUACUUUAAACUACUCAGUGGGUCACUGUGGUAUUACAACAGCAUCAGUGUUACAUAAAGAUUUGUAGUUCUUUGAAAUGCAAUUGGUAAGUUGUGUAUUCACCAUUUUAGUGCACAGUGAGAGUAACCAAGACUGACAAACAUUUACAUUUUUUAUGCAUAAGUUGCUGUUGCUUCAAACGCAUAUUUUAAGUUUUAGCUGGAGGUAAAGUUCAGACUUUUUGUCAACCACUUUUGUCAAAAUCCAUUUCCAUGCUAGUAAAGCCUGUGUUAUGUCUCUCUCCGUAACAAGUGUGCUUAUGCUGUGCUUUUCGUUGCUGAAGAGUCCUGUGCACUCAGAUGUGCCACACUUUUUAACAGCACUAAUGAUACACACAACACAUUUUAUCCUCGUUUUUUGAGCACUAAAGUAAUGUCAAAGUCCUUAUAGGCAAGUCUCGCCACUCGAGAGCCAUCAUGAUAACGCCCACAAGCAGUUAUUUUGAACUAACAAUACCAAGUGCCUAUCAAAAUCAAAGAGGGAGAGAGUCAUAACUGUAAUUUUAGUGGUCAUCUGAACAAAAAUAUCGCAGUUAAAUCUGAUAAAAUAAGCAGUUUUCCCUCAUCAUUGACUAACAUGACAUUUAGAACAAAAUGCUGUAAAGUUGUUAUCUGAUGCUCAGAUAUUUAAAAUUCCCAACGAUGUUCCUGUCAGGUUAAAACAUUUUAAUGGCAAAAUUCAGAAGAUGCCGGCAAAUGUUGUAAGGAACAUUGAUUAUGUUCUGUGAUAAAAGAAGAACACUCUCAACCUAUAUUCAUAAAACGUUAUCCAGAUAUUACCGAGACCUCAGACCAUUUUUUUAAACACUCAUGUAAUGUGAUUUUUUAACAAAAAUUAUGCUAAUGCUUUUUUAGAAAUGGGGAUUAGGGAACACUUUAUAGAAUCUAAUAAACAUUCCCAGAAUACUCCAAAGUGUUACAUGAUAACAAACGAUGGACGUUCUCACUAGUUUAAAAAUAAUUUUAAAAAAAAUUCAGCUUAGCACAUUACCAGAAUGUUUUUAAUCAAAAUAAAUUUGAGCAUGGUUGUGUUUAAUGCUAAUUAGCAAACACCAGCUUGCAGACAUUAGGAAACUAAGAUGGCCAACAUGCUAAAAGUAAUACCUGCUUAACAUUAGCAUCUUAGCUGUGUCACUGUGAGCAUGCUAUCGUGUUAACAUUACCUCAAAUCUUCACAGAACUGUGAACAUGGCUCUAAUUCUUAGUUUUAUUUAUUUACAGUCAUCAUAAUAUUAAAGCUCAAAGCUAACUGGCUUCACCUGCAUGGUAGCAUGGUUUUAAUUUGGAAAAUCAGCUGUUUUAACUACUUAAACUACAUAACUUUAAGCCUUGACCUUUUAACGAACAUCGCCUGGUUAGACCUUCUGUUUGAACUUAACUGACUCGUUCUUUUAGUCUCCUGUUAUAUUUACCACAUAUGACCACUUCCACUAUUAUUGCUUUGAAAUGAAUUUACAUGUAACUCACAGAUUAGCUUCACUUAAUUUCAACCUCACAAAAUUAUCCAGAAUUACUGAAACCAUCUGUGUGGUGUAUGUGGCCUUCUGUGUUUCAAGUCUCAGUCUGUAGCAGAUAAAAUGUUUUGCAUCAUGUCACAGCUACCUCCUCAUCCAUCCACUGAAACUAUGUCUGACUCCACAAGAACUCAUGUGCAGAACAACCUCGAAUCAUCAGGUUUCCAGUCUGGGUGUUAAGAUGUAAUCAGCAUGAAAUACAUCUGUCAAGUCAGAGAAUGAAAACAUGAGUUGUCGUUUUAGCCACGGGUAAAGCACAACAAGUCUGAAAAUGUGAUGCUAAUUGUCGUCAACAAGUUUACAUCUCCCUCGUCUUGCUUCUGCCCUGCCUCUGCAUCUUAACACAUCCAGCCUCCUACUUGUCAACCUUGUGUAAAAAGCACCAAUAUGAGCUCCAUGUAUAAAACACUUAGUCUGUUUAAUAUAUUUGUCUUUUCUGUACUUAACAUUUUGUAAACAGACUCAUGGUUUCCUAUGGUAUUUCCAAAUCUUUUACAUCCCUAAAUGUAUACGAUCUCUAUUUAUGACAGUUUUGUGUGAUUAAAUACAUAUUGACAACAUUCACCCAGUAUUUCUUUGAUAAAAAUCGAGAUUUUUAUGUAGAUUUGAAUAUGCUGAGCUGAAACAGCCGCUGAACAUACUUAGAAUUCUCCUCUGUUUUGAUUUGCAUUAUAUCAUCUAUAUCUCAACACAAUAAAAACAUGCUUAAGACUGA